GAAAUAAGCAAACAAGAUGAGUUUUAUCUGUUGCGUUCAUUCUUUCUGUCUCUUUCACCUCCUCCUCCUUCAAUUAAUUGACUGUUAAUUCAAUGUGACUUAAUUUUGACUAUUUUAUCACGAUAUAUAGCAAUAUUGUUUCGAGUUUUGGCCUAAUCCAGUGAACUAUACAAGCUGUCAGCUCAACAUUUUAAACUCUAAUUUGGUGUGUGUGUUCAAAUUUUCAGUUAUCAUCACUCUCAUUAUUAUACAGUUUUCCCUUCAACUCUCGUCCUUCUGGUUAAUCAAAUGAUUAUGUACCAAUACAUGGUUCUUGUUGGCUAAUAUCAACUGUUUUCAGUCUCAUCACCACCUCUUACAUCUUCAUCAACUGCUGCAAAAUUGACUCUAAUUUUGUCGCUUUUGCACUCCUUGUUGUGCUUCUUUCUCGCCCUUCUCAAUUAGUGCCUGUGUUUUUAAUUCAUCUUUUGUUUUGUAAGCGUGAGUGGAACAAAAUGUACGCCCUUUGAAAUUAACUUAUCUUGAUUGUUGAUUUAAUUCUGUGUUUUACCAACGAGUGUAAAGAUAGUUGUCUAUUUCAUUUCCAACUCUUAAAUUUGCCUCUUUUUUUCUCAGCACUUUGACUACUCCUCUCUCUCUUUCUCUCUUUCCUCUCUUUUCUUCAUUCUGCUGUUUACAUCUUGCUUUUGACCAAAGUUAUUUUUUUGCUUUAAAAUAAUGUCAAAAGAUUACGAUCAUUUGUUUAAAUUAUUAAUUAUCGGAGACUCAGGUGUUGGUAAAAGCAGUCUUCUUCUUCGAUUUGCCGAUGACACCUUCUCUGGAAAUUAUAUUACAACAAUAGGAGUUGAUUUUAAGAUAAAAACAUUAGAAGUUGAUGGACAAAAGAUUAAAUUACAAAUCUGGGACACUGCAGGACAAGAAAGAUUUCGAACCAUUACAGCAACAUAUUAUCGAGGUACCCAUGGAGUCAUAGUUGUUUAUGAUGUUUCUAAUGGAGACACUUUUGCCAAUGUUAAAAGAUGGUUACAUGAAAUAGAUCAAAAUUGUGAAGAUGUUUGUAGGAUAUUAGUUGGUAACAAAAAUGAUGAUCCUAAUCUUAAAGUAGUAUUGACCCAGGAUGCUCAACGGUUCGCUGAUCAAAUGGGAAUCGAGUUGUAUGAAACAUCAGCCAAAGAAAAUGUCAAUGUAGAAGAGAUGUUUAUGGCAAUUACUCGAAUGGUAUUAAGGUCGAAAAAAGAGAAGGAACAAAGGCAACAACAAUCACAGGAUAACGCAAUUAGAUUGCAAAAAGGUAGUGCCCAUAAAGGCAAAAAGAACAAAUGCUGUUAGUUAUACCAAAUUGUAAAUCAAAAAAUCUCCAAGGAUGAAGAAGAGCUAGAAACAAAUUUCUUCCUCGAUGUGAGAGUUUUACUAUUUUGCAUCUGAAUGCUUUUUUGCACUCCAUCUUCCAUCCUCCUCUUACCUUUCCUCCUUUAACAAAUUCACCUUUUUCAUUUCACAUUUUCCUGUGAGGUGAAAGAGCAAACAAAAGGAGAUAAAAUAUCUAGGGUAUAAAAAAAAAUUUUUCUAUUAAACUGAUGACCUGUAAAACCAGAAUCAAAUAAGAAACAUCAGAAUCAUUUUGCUUUUAAGCAUCAUCAAAUUUAAAAGUAAAUCUUUCCCUUUU